AUAUGUGUAAUAUUUUUAAAGAGACUGACUGUUCGAGUGAACCUUUUAUGUAAAAAUAUCUCUGAAGGCUUUUCUUAGCUAUUAGCAUUUGCACCCUCAAUGCUUUUGAGGAGCCUUGGUCUGACCUCUCUGUUGACUCAGAGCUGUCACGUUUUAGUAUCCUGGGGCAAGGGUUAGAACAGCGUGGGAGGCUGGUAUUUGUAUGCUUUGGAGAGGAAUUCAAGAUGCUACCCUGUUUUGCCAUCAGUUUUCAAGUAGGCACGGGUGCAUCAUUAAUCAUAGGAAAUGCAAAAAUAAAUAAUAAUUCAGCCCAAUUGGAUUUUUUUAUAUGAAUACUUACCUUUUCCUUUUUUUUUGUGUAUACAGUUGAGGUAUUUAGGUAACCCCUGACCUUUUGCUUCAACAAAGAAGUACAGUAUAAAAAUAUUACCACAGUUUUCAUGUGAGCAGCUCUUGAGAGGAAAAAAAGCUCUCUAGAUGAAUAUUUGUUGAAAAAAACAGUUGUGAUACAGAAUGUCUUAACUCAGCCCCAAUACAGCACUUGAGGACCACCAGUGUAUAAAAUUGAAAGCAUAUGAUUUUUGAAGCACUAGAAAAGGUUUGUAAUUGAUUAGUGCUGGUCGAAAGUAUUGAAGUACAGUGAGUUUUGAUUUGUGAAUGGUUCUAUUCAAUAAAGAUUAAUUCUGUGUGUUUGAUAAAAUCUUAGUGCCUUCAAUGAGUUAGCUUUCCCCCCCUCUGCAGUUUAUUUAACCAUCAAAUAGUUCAGUGUUGUUUUAACAAACUGGAACAUUUCUAUCUUACUGAAUUUAACUUUAGCAUGACUGAUUUAAACAAGUCAAACUAUCAGUGAUUAGUUUGAAGGGUGUAAUUGAAUAUAUUAAUUUUUUUCCUUUUAAAAAAUAACUAAAAUAUAAUGUAAUCAUAUAUAUUUCAUGCCUUCGUUGUGAUUUAGAGACUAUAAGGUCAUAUAGACUAACAAAAUAUUUUUAUCCAAUUUCUUUGAAACAUUUUACAUUUUAAUAUAGUUCUAAAAUUUAAAAGUGAAAUCGAACAUUCUUUUCAUGUAAAAGUAGGAUUUUUUUUAUAAUUUAAAAUAAUUUAUAAUACGAGUCCUUGGGAAUUGUAUAGAUAUUUUUAGCUUUUAAUGUAUGUUGGAGUGGUCUUCUGUUUGUUCUUGACUUUUUAAAUUCUCUCCCUGGAUUUUGGAAUUAUUUUAGAAGCAAGUUGUGACACUGUCACUAUUAAAUCUUGAAACUAAAAUUAUCAUUAUUGGUAUGGACCACAACUAUUAUUUUUGAAAUCAGUGUUCACACAUCAUUUUCAAUCAGUCACUAUGGUCAGUUACAAAGGUUUUAUGUAGAAAUUUUAAUCAGUUAACUGAUAUAUUUUCAUAAGUAAGUUCUUAAUUUUAAUAUACUCUGUGAGUCACAUCUGUCAUUUUGAACCGACUUUAUGGUAAAUAAUGGGCUUAUUUUGAGUAGUGCAAAUUGAAAAUUCUUGUUUAAUUCAAGAUAAAUGAUAUGCUGAGAGAACAAGGACACUGAAAUGCAUUCUCUGUCUCUGCGGGGCUGUCUCUCACACGCUUUCACUCAUUAUAUCUGAGCUGAGGCAGUGGGCCCGGGUGUGCUUUGUCCCUCACCUAGGAAAGCCUAAACUUUUAAAAACAAUUUGACAAAAUUAGAGCACAUACUUUUGACAUUUCACUAGGUUGUUUUCAUCAUCAUAUAAGAAUUUAAAGCCCGAAGUGAGGCUUUCGACUUCAAGUGGAUUAUAGAUUAGCGAAAUGCUUGCAGUGUGAUGAUAACCUGUCCGUAAUGUCCGCUCCCCACUCACCUGCAAUUAGUUCAGUAUAGUGAGUUCAUCUUAAAUCUCUGUCCAGGCUCUAAAGUACUCUUUGGGGUGGGAGAGGGUAAAUUCCACUUUUCAGAAAAAGAAUUGUUACAUUGUCUAAAAAUAUAUGGCAUUCAAUAGAAGAUAAUCUUUAUUUAGUUCACUCACUGCAGUGCCUUGUUGUUUUAGAAAUCAGUCAAGUUUUAGAAAUUUUACUAUAGAAAUUGUUAAGGGUGUCACAGAAAUGUGAGACCGCUCAUAUGGUAGAAUAAAGAGCAUUUUAACAUAUUCUUUGUGACAAUAUUAAUAACUUUACUCGUAAUGAUGAAAUAGCCCUUGAAACUUGUGUUGUUUCCGAUCUGGUUAGAAAAAUGUAUUUUAUUUUUUUUAGACAGUGUAAUACUGUGAAAGACUAACUUAACUGCUUGCGAUGCCUGUUUUAAGUUAUCCCUCCAUAUAACAAUAGUUUUAGCCAGUUUUUUUCUCAUCUCUUGGAUAGAAACAGCAAAAGUUACCAUGUAUGAGCUAUAAUUAUGAUAUGGGUUGUAAUGCAGUCUAGUUGUAUCUAUGUUCUCCUUUAAUGCAGAAAAAUUUAGAGUAACACUUAUUGACUACCAUUAAAUUAAAAAAUAAUCUGUGAUUGUCAUAUUGUACGUGUUAUAACCGAGGUGGCCCACUUACAGCUAUUGAAGGAGUCACUACAGCAAUUUUACAUUUUUUGGGUAAAAUACAAAGUACAUUUCCUCACCCUGUAAAGAGAAACCUUUUUCUCUCCUUCAGGUUUAUUUCUCUUUGACCUAAACUAAGACUGAUCCUCUGAUAGCCAGUUAAAAUGUGUGAAGUAGGAGGAGUAAAGGAAACUCCAAUCGUUAGUUGUAAGUUAUAAAGCAAAGUUAAUAUAGGUAUAAAGAGCAAAAGGAUUUAUUUUAAAGGAUAAAAGAAAACUUUAUAAACUUGCUUUGUAGUCGGAACAUGUUGGACAUCAUAAAGAAAAUCUUGUUUUCUUUAGGUGAUGCUAGGAGGCCUCUUCAUGAAACAGCAGUUUUGGUAGAAGACGUGGUACACACUCAGUUAAUUAAUCUGUUACAGCAAGCUGCUGAAGUUUCUCAGCUCCGGGGUGCAAGGGUAAUAUCUGCUGAAGAUCUUCUGUUUUUGAUGCGAAAAGAUAAGAAAAAACUUAGAAGACUGCUAAAAUACAUGUUUUUCCGAGACUACAAAUCAAAGAUUGUCAAAGGCAUCGAUGAGGAUGAUCUUCUCGAAGACAAAUUGAGUGGCAGUAAUAAUGCAAACAAAAGACAAAAAAUCGCUCAAGACUUUCUCAACUCUAUUGACCAAACAGGAGAACUCUUGGCAAUGUUUGAAGAUGAUGAAAUUGAUGAAGUUAAACAAGAAAGAAUGGAGAGAGCAGAAAGACAAACUCGAAUUAUGGAUUCAGCCCAAUAUGCAGAAUUCUGUGAAAGUCGGCAACUGAGUUUCUCCAAAAAAGCCUCCAAAUUUCGAGACUGGUUGGACUGCAGCAGUAUGGAGAUAAAACCCAAUGCUGUCGCUAUGGAAAUUUUAGCAUAUUUAGCGUAUGAAACUGUGGCACAGUUAGUGGAUCUGGCUCUUCUUGUGAGGCAGGACAUGGUAACCAAGGCAGGAGACCCUUUCAGCCAUGCAAUUUCGGCAACCUUCAUUCAGUAUCACAGCUCUGCUGAGGGGUCUUGCAUGAAGUCCUACCCAGAAUCUCCUGAGAAUACACCUCCUCCCACACCAACAGCUCCAUCAUCUGGAUCACAGCACGCAGGGAAAACCACAGCAGGAUCCCUAGGGAAUGGGAAUGCUGGACAAGACUCAGCUAAAGCCAAGCAAAGGAAAAGAAAAAAGAGCACUGCGGCCUGUGGUGUUGAGGCUCACAGCGAUGCCAUCCAGCCCUGCCACAUCAGAGAGGCCAUUCGGCGCUACGGCCACAAGAUUGGCCCCCUUUCCCCAUUCACAGUACGUAAUAACAGAGUUAUAAAAAGUUAUAUUUAUAAUCUCAAAGAAUUCUGAUUUUCAAGUGGUCAAAUGAAGAAGCAAUGGAAUUGUUGAAAGCAAUUUGUGGUGACUGUAAUUUUGUUGUAUAAAAGUGGCAUAAUUCUCUUGGGAAAUAAAAGUUAGUCAUUUUUGUCUCUU